GUUGUUGUUUUCCACACACUUUUUCUACUUUGCUUAGUAGCCCUAAUUUGAUGAAAAUACAACAAUAAUAUUAAGAUACUUACUAUCAAAAUUAUCAGUUCUAGCGCGAAAUGAUUGAUUUAGAGUCAUCGAGCCAAGUGGGAGAAUUACCACAAGAACCUAGCAUUCCGUUGUUGGCUUUGUCUGAGUUCGAAGGCGGAAAUCAACGUCCCACUUGGGAUAUAAAUAGCGAGUGUAUACGCGAGAAACGUUUAUCGCUGUUGUCAUUGAUGCUAUCGAGUUGGAAAGAGAAUGCUGUAGAUGAUUUAACCUUAAUAUUGGGCUCAAGAAAGUUACGAUGCAAUCGCUUCAUGUUUUUGUGCCACUCGAAAUAUGCUUUGAGGGAGCUCGCAAAGGGACGAUGCGAACUUGUUUUACCCGAGGAUCGAGUUUCGUGGAAAGGCUUAAAAGUCACUUGUGAAUGGAUGAAAAAGUCAAACGAAUUGCUGGAGCUUCGCAACAUUGCGUAUCUGCUGUCAACUGCAAUAUUUCUGGAAAUCGAACAUUUGGUCAGACAGAUUUGGUAUUGCCUGGAAUUGCCCGAAGAAUUCCAUGAUGAUCGGGCUUAUAUCGUGUCUCAAGACGUGCUAGAUUUGCGCUCAAUCAAGUGCUUACAGGGACUGGACACUAUUAUGCUUCAUCGCAUCCGUUGCUUUUUUUUGACCCUCGUUUCUAGUAUUCAGUUUAUUGAAUUAUGCGCUGAGCAUGUCUGUGAUCUCCUCAACUCUGAUGAACUGGCGGUCAACAGUGAGAAGGAGGUUUUAUUUGCUGCCGUUCGUUGGCUAACCCAUGAUUGGCCAUCCAGGGCUGAGCAUAUUGGUGCCGUCAUGCAGGUCAUUCGCUUUCCGCUUCUACUAAGAAAUGGUAUUAUAGAAUUACGCCGGCCAACAGAUGAUCAAGUUCUCAAUCUGGUUAUCGCACAUCCCGAGUUUCAGAGGGUUAGACGACAUGGACUCUCUGACUUCUGUAAUAUUUGCUGUAAUAAUGACACUGAAAUCUAUAAGCAGCACUGCGGGUCCCUUAAAUCAAAGCCAUCUCGGCGAUUGUUCAUCUGCCAUGACUUGUGCACCUAUCACAGGCACCACGACGAUAAAUCCCUCGGUGAUUUCACCUACAAGCAUUUUAUCGACUAUUUAGAAGUCCUGCAAAAAUCUCCCAAGUCUUGGAAAUGCUUAAAGGCAGAAGAAAUUCCAUUCACUUUUGAAUGAAGUUUAGAAGUCAACUUUACUAUAAUUUUUAUAAUAUU